AUGGCCAACGGUCUGGUGACGCCCCCGCGGCGGCCACAUGUGAACGGCUUAUCUAUGACUGAGUAUUCCGCCAUCCCGACCCCAACACAGGAAAGGGCUGAAGGAGGCCUUAGGGCCGCCUGCAAUUCCGAUGUCCCAGAGGAUUAUAUCUUGCCGACGGGCUAUCCUGAUUAUCUGCGAUUGAUCCUCACCUCGCGCGUAUACGAUGUCAUUGAGGAGACGCCUUUACAGCAUGCCACAAACAUAAGCAAUCGGCUGGAGUGCAAGGUUCUGCUCAAACGGGAGGACUUGUUGCCCGUUUUCAGCUUCAAAUUGCGAGGUGCCUACAACAAGAUGGCGCAUCUAGGCCCCGAGCAGCGAUGGAAGGGGGUUAUUGCAUGCUCGGCAGGCAACCACGCGCAAGGCGUGGCCUAUUCCGCUCGUAAAUUGAAAAUCCCUGCCACCAUCGUGAUGCCAUCCGGCACCCCGGCAAUCAAGCACCUCAACGUUUCCCGACUCGGUGGCAGUGUUGUUUUGCAAGGAAAUGAUUUCGAUGCCGCGAAAGAGGAAGCUCAUCGCCUCGAGAAGCUGCACAAGCUGACUAACAUCCCCCCCUUUGAUGACCCUUAUGUUAUUGCGGGUCAAGGCACCGUUGGCAUGGAAAUCAUACGCCAGGCUAAGCUGCACAACCUCGAAGCAGUGUUCUGCUGUAUUGGCGGUGGUGGCCUCAUCGCCGGUGUCGGUGCCUACAUCAAGCGCAUUGCACCACACGUUAAGAUCAUUGGUGUUGAAACGUUCGAUGCAAACGCAAUGGUGCAGUCAUUGCAGAAAGGAGAGCGAGUGAUGUUGAAAGAAGUCGGCCUCUUCGCGGAUGGAGCAGCAGUCAAACUUGUUGGCGAGGAGACAUUCCGCAUAUGUCGCGAUGUUGUUGAUGAGAUUAUUCAGGUCACGACCGAUGAAAUCUGCGCCUCUAUCAAGGACGUUUUUGAAGAUACCCGCUCCAUUCUCGAGCCGGCUGGAGCUCUCGCCUUGGCUGGUCUGAAAAAAUAUGUGGCAGCCAACCCCGAUCCCAACCCACAGAGGGAGCUCGUGGCCGUGACUUCAGGCGCUAAUAUGGAUUUCGACCGUCUUCGAUUUGUUGCUGAGAGGGCUGCACUAGGGGAGAAGAAGGAGGUGUUAAUGAGCGUCACAAUCCCUGAACGACCGGGGGCCUAUGCUAAACUCAUAGACAUUGUUGCACCUCACCCGAUAACCGCUUUCAACUACCGAUUUACCCGCGAAGACUAUGCUAAUGUCCUCAUGGGAAUAUCCAUGUCUGCAUCUUCCAGGGUCGAAGAGCUCCAAAAGAUCUUUUCCGAGCUGGAAAAGGCCGGCAUGAAAGCUGAAGAUCUCAGUGAAGAUGAGCUUGCCAAGUCACAUAUCCGCUUCCUCGUUGGAGGACCGAGUGGCGUCCGAGACGAACGCCUUUUCAUGUUCCAAUUCCCAGAGAGACCCGGUGCAUUGCAGAAAUUCCUCAGCCAUCUUCGUCCCACAGAUAAUGUCACGUUAUUCCACUACCGUAACCAUGGCGGAGAUGUUGGCAGGGUUUUGGCAGGCAUUCAAUGCGCAACUUCGGAGAAUGAUGAACUCACCCGCUUUCUGAACGAGCUUGGGUAUCCGUAUGAAGAGUGCACCAACUCGCCGACAUACAAGAUGUUUCUCCGACGGGAAUCCUCUACAAUAGAUCUAGAUAACUAG